AUGGCCGACCGAUUUCCCUCACUUGAAGAGUUCGACUCUGGAGCUCAACAAUCACCAUCCGGAACCCCAGCGUUCGAGAGCGCCGGCGGGGACGAUUUCCUAAGCAGAGAAAAGGCGCUGUUGGGCGAUGAUGCGAAUCAAUUCGUGUCGAGCAAUGACAAUGCGGCGUUUGUAGAGGAUGAUGAUGACGAUCUGCUGGGCGGUGGUGGAGGCGGACAGAGUGGUGGAAAUGAGGAUAUGGAUUUCGAGAGCUCGUUUCCUGCUAUCGAUACCCAGAAUGAUGCCGUCGCACCUGGCGGAACGAUCACAUCUAAUUACCAGUCCAGCUACCAACCCAGCACCUCUGAGCCGGAACCUGAAGUAAUAACCCAAUGGCGCGAGCGCCGGGAUCUCCAAUUGCAAGCGCGCACCGAGAAGUCCGAAGAGAAGAAAGCCGAAACCAUCAAGGACGCCCAGCAAAACAUCGAUGACUUCUACGAGAAUUACAACAGUAAGAAGGAGAAGAUGUUAGCACAGUCGCGGAAAGACGCCGAAGAGUUCUUGGAGAGCAGGGAGGACACGAGUGCGGGCGGUACGAGCUGGGAGCGUAUUGCGAAGUUGGUCGAUUUGAGUGGGAAGGGUGCGAAGGGUGGUGCGAGUGGGACUGGGAAGGAGAAGUUUAGGGAGUUGCUGCUCAGUUUGAAGAAGGAUGAGAAGGCGCCGGGUUCGACUGGGGUUUGA